ACUGCAACAUUAAGAUCGAUCUACUGUAAUCUACAGCAUCCCGAGAUCGCAGUCACAGAUUCGCUCCAUUCUUUACCCUAUAUUUCCUCCUGACAACAACCCCUUCUCAGCAGCAACCAUGGCUUCCCGAAGCGGAUCUGAAGAGAAGAAGCCCCGUCGUCAGCAAACCCAGACGUACGAGUCCGAAGGCGAAGAGUCGGAGGACUACCAGCCCCGUCAGAAGAGGCGCGGCCAGCGCCAACAGAGAGGCGCCCAGGGCCCGCUUGACAACCUCGCGCUCGGCAAUGUUCAGAACACAGCAGGCGGCCUCGUCAACACGGCGACCGGUGCGCUGGGCAACGUGGCGGGCAACGCCGUUGAUAACCAACAAAAAGGUGGCGGCAAGAGCGAUACCCUCAGGCUUAGGUUGGAUCUCAACCUCGAUGUCGAGAUCACCCUCAAGGCGAAGAUCCAUGGUGAUCUGGAGCUUGCUCUCUUAGAAACCUGAGCAAUAUUCUCAGCUCUCUGGAUCAACUGAUUAAGCCCGCUUUGUGAGUCCCAAAGGGCUCGCUGUAUCCCUCGACGUCGCCAAACCGGUCUAGGAGGCGGCCUACUUGCAUGUUUCCUUUCCCAACGU